UCUCAAGUAAUACUUUAUUACCUCAACCGAUCCAUAACCAAAAAUGAAGUUCAUCACCGCCGCUGCUGCUCUUUUCGCCGUCUUCGCCGUUUCCGCCGUUGCUCGUCCCAACUACGACCAUGAUGACCACCACAGCGAUGGUCACCAUCGUGGUGGUGACGACGACAUUACCAUCCAUGGCUGCGAGGGUCAAGGCGAUCUCACUGGCGUUCUCCCCGCCGUUUUGCAGGCCGGUAUCCUUUCAAACAACAAGAAGUACUGUAUCCAGACAGUCGACGACACCGACCACUAGAUUAAAGAUGUUGUUGGCUAGCUACCGUUGUUGUCUAUAACCUCUUUUUGUUAUCACUACUAGUAUUAUUAGUAGCCCACAGCAAGGAUUUACAGCUCCCUCUUCUUUAUUCUUAUCUAUUCAUUUAGCAUACCUUUGAAGUGCAUAUUCAUAUUAAAUAAAUUUAAUACGUCUCCGUAAAAAAAA